AUGUGCAGAAUCGACGUCGGCAACCAGCACAGGGUGGCUGACUUUGUCGAAGGGUGGAUUCACGGGGUGGUUGGUAGUCGCGUGCUCUCAUCGUCAGGUGAGCAGCUUUUGUAUGGAUGUAAUCGGUUUAUCAAAUAUUUUUGCGAGUUGCUGUUACCCGCAUUGGGAUCGAGUCUUGUUUCCGCAACACGCAAAACUUCUGCAUCGUCGUGAGUAUUAAACUUAAUAUUACCUUUCGCGAGAUAGCGCUGUACGAGUUUGUAAAGCGAAAGAAUGUUAGAGCUUCAGUUCCAAUUCAGGACAAUGAAUCGUUGAAAGAAUUAUCUCACACUUAAAUAACAAUUGGAGCUAAUUACUCAAAAAUUACUUAAGUCGUACGACUUAAUCUGUUGACGACUGUCCAUCGUUGCAAUAGUUUAAUGUUGCAAUAGUAAAUUUUAUUUCUAUAUUUCUCUAUUCCUUUUUAACGACGAAAGGAUUGUUCUGCCCUCCGUUGUGGAAGAACUUGCUGUCACGUAAUCGCAUGCAAAAUGUUUUAUUCAAAGCUAUUUAAUUUUUUAACAGAUAUCUCGAAUCGAGUGUAUGUAUGUUCUCACUGUAUUUAAUUCAGGGGAAAAGGGAAACAGUGUAUUUGAAAGUAAAAUGAUUAGCCGUGUAGAACAUAAUAUUACAUAUACAUUGUUACUGAUCUUAAUUUUCCAAACUAAUUCUCAUUCGGAACUCAUUCCUCUUGAAUUUAUUUCGUCUUUCUACGUUGAUUUGAAAAACCAUUGCGUUCAUUUAAAUAUGAAAAAUUAUUGUAAUUCCCUUGCUUGAAGAUACAUUAGAUUGGAAAAAUUCAAUAUCGCACGAUAAUUUUUCAUUAUUAAAAUGAAAUUUUCGGAGCACCUUGUAAUAAGAUCGUUGUGUCCAGAUAAAAUGAUAUUGAUGGUUUUAUGCAAACAUGUGCCGAAGCUUUUUCAUUUUAUCCCUAGCUGUAUGCAUCCCGUGCUCGAGUAUGUUAUGAAAAUAUUUUUAUGUAUGAAUCGAAUAUUAUGUUCUUUCAUUCGCAUGUUUUGAGUAGAAUUGACUUCUGGAAAUAAAUUAAAAAUUUUAUGAAUACACGUAUAUCAAAAUUAAUAAUAGGAGAGAAUGAACUGUGCCCUUUAAUAAUUACUUUAGUGAAAAUUCUCUUGCUGUGUUUUUUGUUAAAUUAAAGUUAUUAUUACCCAACCGUUUUUACACAAUAAGUUCUAAAGUAUAUUGAAAAACGAAGUAAACAAAUUUUUUGCACGAGUUGCGCGAUAUAUUUCAUCACACUAAAAUUCCGUUACUAAAGUGUUUCAUCGCUUACAACAUGGCUUUUUGAUGCUUCAAUUUGAGCUACGUUUUAAAACCUACAAAAAUCCGGAAAAGUUAAUUGAUUGUAACGUUUAACUGGAAGAAAAAGUAUCACGCGAAUCAGAUAAUUCCAAGCGCUAAUAUUCCACGCGGAUGAAAUGAUCGUAUAUAGCUAUGUAGAUUGAUGUCGUGUCCUCUCUCAAAGAAAAAUACCUUGUUAAAUCGAUAACAGAUGAUAACAAAUAUCUUGUUAUGCGACACGACGUUAUCAAGCCUGAUAUUAAUGGCUUUCGUGUUAAUGGUUUUUUAUUAUCUGUAUUGAUAAUUUCCAUAAUUCGUCCAGUUAGGGAUAGAUAGCACUUCUUUCAAAAUUUACUUAUCGAGUGCUUAAUUUCACCAUGUAAUAAUUAUUUGAUAAUCAUGAAGAAGAAGUUUUAUAAUUUUAUGAUAUUAAUGGCUUUCGUGUUAAUGGCUUUUUAUUAUCUGUAUUGAUAAUUUCCAUAAUUCGUCCAGUUAGGGAUAGAUAGCACUUCUUUCAAAAUUUACUUAUCGAGUGCUUAAUUUCACCAUGUAAUAAUUAUUCGAUAGUCACGAAGAAGAAGUUUUGUAAUUUUAACUGUAAAUACAUUAGGAGAAUUGAAAGAGUUUCGAAGAUAAAGCAAGUUUUCGUUGGUUUUCCUAACUCUACUCCGAUACAGUUUCGACCGAAACCGUCCAUUUGAUUUUCAGAGUGUCCACUGACACGUAUGUAGUACGUGUGUUCCCUUACACGCGAUGCUCGUGAUUUGUUCGUCCUUUUAUUAAGAGGAAGACACCGGGACUGAGAUGGCGCAGGAUAUCCCGGAGACGACGUACGUCCCGGAAGUGGAGCAGGAUGCGAGAAAGGAACGGGAACGGCGAGCUGUUGAAGAGGGGACUGUCUCGUGGAGAGGACGAAAGGAGGAGUUGCAAUGCCAAAAGCACCGCGAACAGCGAGAAUUGCAGCAGAUUUUGGAGAGUUAUUCUCCUUGGGGUAAACCAGGCGGUGGUGCUCCCUGUGCCGCUACUCUCAGAAAGAAAAACGUCCCUCUAGAACCGCCGGAGCUAUCCAAGUGUCACAAUUUCGGACAGGGUUGGACGAGCAAUUCCACCAUCGAAAGGUUACACAGAAGGAGUAUUAACCCUUUGCCCGUCACGGAUAUGAACAAGUUCUUUGAUGAUAAAGCAGAACCAGGUAUCGCCACAGAUACGCGGCUGGUACGGGAUUCGAAAAAUCCCUACAACGAGGAAAUUCAGGUGUACGAAUUGACUGGCGGCGUGGAAUUGGUCCCGCUUUUGACCAGCAGACGUUAUUACUCGCAAUCACAAAAUACUCGUCACGUCGCCACCGACGCCACUCGUCCUGGAUACACGAUAGAUUCGAGGAACGAAAGAUGGAGUUGGAAAGCUGUCGAAGACAUUUCGAUACCUGGAGAAAGUUGUGGGGCCGACCGGGUCACGGUGCACCCAUAGAUCACGCCCACCGUAACAAUCUCUACAACAUUCUCUACCGUCCGGCCAUCUAUUGAAUUUCCACUUGCCGUUGCCGUGAAAAAUCAGGACUACAUCCUC